AUGACGACCCACUUGUGGGCAAAUUUUGUUACAUCCCUGGAGUCCCGUGGCAUCUCAUUUCAGCACGUGCAACACGCAUCUGACCGGAGUGCCGUAAUUUCAGCGGCAGGCUUUGGGGACCCCAUUAGCGUUGCUAUUUUGGAGACGGAAUGGAUGAAGCGUUGUGCACCCACCAGCACCCAACAUGCUUCACCCGUGGGCGUAUCCGACAAGGGCGCAUUUGCCCCUCCACCUCCUCUCCAAGCGCCACAGACUGCUGCGGCAACCGUGAGCAGUCCCACAAGGCUCGCCCCCCAGUUUUCUGACCACACGAAACUGGAAGACGUUCCCGAGGAAAUUCAAGAUCGUGUCAUCACAGCGGAGGUACUAGCCGCAGCCGUCGGCAACGGUGGCUCGCUUUUGCAGGCAUCACGGGACGGUUUCGUGGUAUCGAGAUAUGUGCCCGUUUCGAUGCGCGGCCUCUGCAAGACCAUAGUUCCCAUCGCAGACUCUUUCGUAGCGCUACGGAAAGUUGAACGUGCAGAGUAUAUGGGAAAGAGCCUUGUUGCUAUGGCUCUGGGUGAAGCGGUAUCAGAAAUUUGCACCAGUUACGCACACGAGAUUGCAAACCUGCAGAGGUGGUCCCAAAAGAAAGCAAUGCCGCUGAUGGGGGUCGUCUCAGAAGUUCUUCGUGCCGGCCACCACAUCGUGCGGUUGCGGCAGGUACUGCCCACAGAUUCAAUUCUGGAGGAAGAAGGAACACUCUCCAUGGCUGGGUGGCGGUUGCUCAACCACAUCCAUGAACAGGCUGAAAAACAUUCGGGAAGCAGGGAGGACGAUGAAUUGCUGAACUUGUUACUUAGACGAGCAUCAGUACCAUACCUGCGGGUGUUGCACAGGUGGGUGCACGAGGGAGUAGUUGAGGACCCGUACGGAGAGUUUUUCAUAUCAGACGCAUCCCUCCCCACUGGAGCAGCAUCCACUACCACCGCAGCACCAGUUUCUGCUGUGGCAGGUAUGAAAAAGAGUGCAGUGAGGCGCAUAUUUCCCCCGUGUGGCGGAGGAGGCGACGAUUACGGCGAGACAGGAAUGGAUGAUGCGCAUGCCUUUGAACGGCGCUUCUCGAUGAAUAAGAACAUGGUUCCUAAUUUUAUUCUCACAAACACAAAGAUGGCGAAGAUAGUGUUCUAUACCGGCAAAUACUGCUGCCUGCUGCGGGAGUACAACGGCGCUCUCCCAUCGUUCGGGGAAUUAUCGAACCAAAUACUUAUAUGGUCUGGUGUUGACGAGUUGCAUCGGCGUAUAGAGGAGUCAUAUGAAAUUGCGAGUGGAGAGGUGUUACAGUUGUUUCUGGGACCGCAGGUCGAUCUUUUGGGGCACCUUACAUCGUUGAAGAGUUAUUUCUUGCACCAACGUAGCGACUGGCUGAUCGAUUUUUUAGACAGUGCUGAGGAACUUCUCCUGAAGUCACCUUUUCAGGUGAAGGCGCAUUCCGUUCGCGUGUUACUCCAAGCAGCAAUCGCUAGGUGCUGUGGGAAAGACUUGUACCAUACUCUCAUUGGAUGCAGCUUCUCGGGCACAACUGUUGCACAAGACAUUAUCAACUCACACGAACGGCAGAACGACGAGUCCCCUCAACGCGCAUCCACAAACGGCAGGAGGAGCGCCACGCGUAUUGAGACACGUUGUUGUAUAGAGCUGCUUCAACUUGAGGCUGACCUAAAAUGGCCACUCACAAUGGUCAUUGACCCCCCUGUUCUUGAGCAGUUCAACAUCGUCUUCCGUCUUUUCACGUGGCUGAAAACCUGUGAACGGGACGUUACCACGUCGUGGACGGGGGAUACCGAUUUGGAUCCUCACUACCAGCGUGCAUAUAUCAUUAAGCAUCAACUCAUUCAGUUCAUCAGGCAAUUUCAGUUCUAUGCAGCACAUUUCGUUGUGGAGCCGCUUUGGGGUCGGAUGAUGAAUCGGAUAUGCCAGGCUGAUAGCAUUUUCGCCGUAAAUAGUGCAUUGAAAGAUUUCUUCAAGGGUAUCGAGCUUGGUCUGGUGCUUUCUAGCGCCACUCGUUUCCGUAGUCUCGCACGUAUUCUGGAGAUAGCCUCCGUUUUCAGUGAAACAGGGAGACCAGGUGCGGCCCAGGGGCUUAGCGAGCAACGGCUGCAGGAAAUAUUACAGGAUGUGGAAACGCAGUUUCUUAAAGCUCUUUCCGAGCUCGCUUCCCCUGUGGGAGCCGACUAUCCACAACUUGUGCCGCUUUUGACGUGGAUUGACUUCAGCGGCUAUUACGACCGCAACGGAGUAUACCGCGUGCUGUACUCCGCAAGUGCCGCUACCGAACCGGUGUCUUCCUCAGCCACGGACAGGCGAAAGCGUUGA